CUUGAAGCUUAUUAUGGCGCAGAAUUGUCAGUCAACAGAAUUUCACUUUAAUCAAGAUUAUUAUCUCCUUGUUAGAAACAAAUAUAAAAUUAUUAUUACGGCAACAUUAUGAUUUCUAUUGUGUCCAUAUCUUUGUAAACAAUUUGUACUAUCGUGCCAAAUACAAAGGGCUAAAUUCAUCUCACCCCUUGGAUCACCACCCUCAUCAUCACCAGAAUCACUAUCAACACAUCUGAAACGUUUUUAUCUACCUGUAAGUGUUUUCUAAUAUAAAUAAUAAUAGUUGUAUAAUAAUAUUCAGAGAAUAUAAGGUAAACAUGGAUUAUAUCAGUGAAUUUGAUAUAAGACUUGAAAAGGAAAUGUAUUAUGCCGGUGAGACCCUAACAGGUCAAGUUAUACUUCAAACGGUUGAAAAUUUCAAGCUCAAAGAAAAAAAUGAAGGAACUGUGCCUAUCCUCCCUCGAGGACAUCAUUCAUUUCCGUUCAACUUUCAACUUCCGGAAACUUCAUUACCAUGCAGUUUCGAGGCUAAGCCAUGUACCAUCCGUUAUUAUGUUAAGGUAACUCUGGACAUACCAUAUGCAUCACCGCCUCAGGGAAUGAAAUAUUUUACCAUCAUCGGUCCUCACAUUGACUGUAUGGAUGAACAAUAUUUGAAACCAUUGGUAGGCCAUGAUAAAAGGCAAAUCUGUUGCCUUUGUUGUAAACGAGGAAUAGUCAAUUUAAAAUCAUCACUGGAAAGAUCAGCUUAUUGUUGUGGUGAAUCAAUCAAAUUUAAAGCGACCAUCGAUAAUCAAAGUGAGGAAAAUGUUCGUCUUAGAUUAAAAUUAACUCAAUAUACAGAAUUUUUUAUUGAACGAGGUGUACUUGGCCUCAACAAGGAGGUUAAUCAUGUUGUCCUGGAAUAUCGUGGUGAUGCUAUUCAGCCCAUGAGUAGAUCCAAAUUUGAUAGUUCACAAAGUUUAAUUGUUCCUGUAAUGCCACCGACGCUUAAUGGUGUUUGUCGUCUUUUAUCAAUAUUUUACGUUCUCAAGGUCUGGAUUGAGAUGGAAAAAUCUGGUGACGAUUUACAUAUCGAUUUUCCAAUAACCAUAGCGACUUGCCCAUUUCGAAUACCUAAUUCGCCUCAACAGCCGAUAAUCAAAUACGAUCCAUGUUGUGACCAUGUUGAAGGUGGAUUAUAUAUUGGACCCGAAUUCCAAUUGGGUCAAGUUUACGAUGGUACAUUGGGCGAAGGUGAAUCUGUUGUCCUUUAUCGACCGGUUUAUGUUUGCGUUAAAAAACACGAACAAUCAUAAACGAAAAUUAUG